AUGGCGAGAGCCUUUCGCGCGGCGUCCCCGCUGCCGCUCCCCUCCAGCUCCAGGAGAGCCAUCGCGAGCGGCGACAGCGGUGGCAGCGGCAGCUUCUCGUGGCUGCACAAGAAGCGCUCGAGCAAGGCGCCGCUGCGCACCGGCCUGGGCCAGGAAGAGGAGAGCUUGGGCGGCGGCGAGGGAGACGAGGAGGCGGUAGCGGCCGCCGCGCCGUCGUCGUCUAACGUCGACGAGCAUCCCUCGUCGUCAUCGAGGAAGAAGCGCGCGGCCGCGCUGGCGCGGCUUCGGUCGGUGUUCCUGGCGGCUAUCACGCACCGGCGCCGGCGCCGGCAGCUCGGGUCCAGCGUGACGGGCACCAUCUUCGGCCGGCGUCGCGGCCGCGUGCACGUCGCGCUGCAGACGGACCCGCGAUCGCCCCCCGUGCUGCUGGUGGAGAUGGCCGCCUACUCCACCGGCGCGCUCGUCAGGGAGAUGUCCUCCGCCCUCGUUCGCCUCGCGCUCGAGUGCGAGAAGCCGCCGCUCGCCGCAGGGGAGAAGCGGCGGGCGCUGCUGGAUGAACCGACGUGGCGCGCCUACUGCAACGGGCUCAAGUGCGGCUACGCGGUCCGGCGGGAGUGCGGCGCCGACGAGUGGCGCGUGCUGCGCGCGGUCGAGCCGGUGUCCGUCGGCGCCGGCGUGCUCCCGGACGACGGUGCUGACGCUGGCGCCGGCGAGGGCGACCUGAUGUACAUGCGCGCCAAGUUCGAGCGGGUGGUCGGGUCGAGGGACUCGGAGGCGUUCUACAUGAUGAACCCCGACGGCAGCGGCGGGCCCGAGCUCAGCAUCUACCUGCUCAGAGUCUGAUCGAUCGAGCCAGGAAAAUCUUCCUGUUAUUUUGGACUUUGUGCAAGUCCGCGUGCAUGCAUUAUUUGGGCUUGUGAUUGCUUUUCAUUCUCUCUGGUUCCAUGUAAUUUGGUGCAUUAGCUAAAACAACUGUACUUUGGUGCAUUAGCUAAAACAACUGUAAUUUGGUGGUUGGCCUUGUACAGUACUCACGUCCAAUAGUAUCACUGAUCACUCAUGUAACUUAACUAGUAAGAACAUCAAAUUUCCUCGCAAAAUAAUAAUAUGCAUGGUACUGCUAACUUCAAA